ACGAGCGGCUGUGUCGUUUUAAAUCCCUUCCUCGUGAGUUGUAGUGCACUAGAUGAGUGACGGAGAGGGCCGUUACAUCACGCCCUGCGUAGUGCACUCGGGUAGAAAGGAGAGAUGGGAUUGAGCCGCGGCCGCGCUUGUCGCGGUUCCUAGCAGCUAACGCUAGCGGUGUGUUUUCUCAUAUCCACCCCCCCUUAUAGCCGUGAUGGAUCGCUUCAGUCGAGUGGAAUAAAGAAAAUAAAAUCGUGUGACAGGAUAAAGUCAAGACGCCAGCAUGUUCGGCAGGUCCAGAGGCUGGGUCGGAGGGCAGGGCAAGGCCAAGAACAUCCACUCUCUGGAUCAUCUGAAGUACAUGUAUCACGUCCUGACCAAGAACACGACGGUGACGGAUCACAACCGGAACCUGCUUGUGGAGACGAUUCGCUCCAUCACUGAGAUCCUCAUCUGGGGCGAUCAGAACGACAGCUCGGUGUUCGACUUCUUCUUAGAGAAGAACAUGUUUGCGUUUUUCCUCAACAUCCUGCGGCAGAAGUCGGGCCGUUACGUCUGCGUGCAGCUCCUCCAGACGCUCAACAUCCUGUUUGAGAACAUAAGUCACGAGACGUCUCUGUACUACCUGCUGUCGAAUAAUCACGUCAACUCCAUCAUCGUGCAUAAAUUUGACUUUUCCGACGAGGAGAUCAUGGCCUACUACAUCUCCUUCCUGAAGACGCUGUCGCUGAAGCUCAACAAUCACACCGUGCAUUUCUUUUACAACGAGCACACUAAUGAUUUUGCCCUGUACACGGAGGCCAUUAAGUUUUUCAACCAUCCAGAGAGCAUGGUCAGGAUCGCAGUCAGGACUAUCACUCUCAAUGUGUAUAAAGUCUCAUUGGAUAACCAGCAAAUGCUGCACUACAUCCGGGACAAAACAGCCGUGCCCUACUUCUCCAACCUGGUGUGGUUCAUCGGCAGCCACGUCAUCGAGCUGGACAAGUGUGUGCAGACAGAUGAAGAGCAUAAGAACCGAGGGAAGCUGAGCGAUCUGGUGGCAGAGCACCUGGAUCACCUGCACUACCUGAACGACAUCCUCAUCAUCAACUGCGAGUUCCUGAACGACGUUCUGACCGAUCACCUGCUGAACCGCCUCUUCCUGCCGCUGUACGUCUACUCGCUGGUCACCCAGGAGCAGAAUGAAGAUCGCAAGAUUAAUCCUCAGGUGUCACUCUAUCUGCUCUCCCAGGUGUUCCUUAUUAUACACUACCAGCCCCUGGUGAACGCUCUGGCUGAUGUUAUACUGAAUGGAGACCUGACAGUGUUUACAACUCAGACAGAGCAGAACACACACAAGACCUCAGCCAACUCCGGGGUGCGGCGCUUCACCAAGCCGCCCGAGAGUCUGGAACGCUCGUUGGAGAUGAGUCGGCAUCGAGGCAGGAAGAAGACGCAGAAGCGGCCCAAUUACAAGAACGUGGGAGAAGAGGACGAGGAGGAGAGGGGAGCCGAGGAAGGCGCGGACGAGGAGAAGGCUAAAGGUACAGAGGCUAGCUCAAAGGCCAGCAGGACGAGUGGGGACACGGAAGAGAUUGAGAUGGUGGUGAUGGAGAAGUGUAAGAUCUCAGACGUAUCCACGCUCACAGAGCAGAACAUCACGGACGAGGAGAAGAGUGCCGCGGCCGCUGCAGGAACGGAAGAACAGAGGAGCAGGCCCUUCUUGGACAUGGUGUACAAUGCUCUGGAUUGUGAGAAGGAGGACUACCAUGCCCUCUUUGUCCUUUGUCUCCUCUUUGCUUUGUCUCACAGCAAAGGUAUAAACCCAGAGUUGCUGGAGAAGAUCCAAUUGCCGUUUCCAGGGGAAGACCGGAGCAGCUACAGUCAUGUUCUGGUAGAGAGGCUAAUCAGAGUUAUGAACCACGCUGCACUGCCAGAUGGAAAGGUGCGCUUGGCCACUCUGGAGCUUAGCUGUCUCCUCCUGAAGCAGUCAGUGCUCUCCGCCUCCUGCAUCAUCAAAGACGUCCAUCUGGCCUGUCUGGAGGGUGCGAGAGAAGAGAGUCUUCAUCUUCUACGGAGGUUUUACAAGGGAGAGGAGAUCUUUCUGGAUAUGUUUGAAGACGAGUACAGGAGCAUGACAAGUAAGCCUUUAAAUGUGGAGUAUCUCAUGAUGGAUGCGUCCAUACUGCUGCCCCCUACUGGAACGCCACUGACCGGGAUCGACUUUGUGAAGCGGCUGCCGUGUGGAGACAUGGAGAAAACACGCAGGGCCAUCCGGGUGUUCUUCAUGUUGCGAGCUCUGUCCCUGCAGCUGCAAGGAGAACCGGAGACACAGCUGCCCCUGACACGCCCCGAAGACCUCAUCAAAACCGAUGACGUCCUCGACCUAAAUAACAGCGACCUGAUCGCCUGCAUGGUGGUGAGCAAAGACGGCGUUCAGGCGCAGAGGUUCCUGGCUGUAGACGUCUAUCAGAUGAGUCUGGUGGAACCCGAGACCAAGCGUCUGGGCUGGGGAGUUGUCAAGUUUGCAGGUCUUCUGCAGGACAUGCAGGUAUCGGGGGUGGAGGACGACAGCAGAGCCCUGAACAUCACCAUCCACAAACCAACCUCCAACCCUCACGCCAAACCCCUACCCAUCCUGCAGGCCUCCUUCAUCUUUGCCGACCACAUCCGCUGCAUCAUCGCCAAGCAACGGCUGGCUAAAGGACGCAUCCAGGCUCGCAGGAUGAAGAUGCAAAGGAUAGCGGCUCUACUUGACCUUCCUGUACAGCCUUCUUCUGAAGUGUUAGGCUUUGGACAGUCCUCUUCCACAUCUGCAUCCUCGUCCUCGUCACAGCUGCCCUUCCGGUUCUACGACCAGGCGCGGCGAGGUCCAGCUUUCGCCUCAGUGGAUAGAGUUCCAGGUUUUGCAGUGGCUCAUGUCGCCCAGCAGCGCAGCUCCUCUCCAAAUUCCAGCUCCAGCAUCACAGCUCACUCCGAGUCCAUCACCAUGAGCGGAGUGUCUACACACAGCAUGUCAGGUCUGGAAGCGAGGGCCGGAGGUGUGCGUUUUCUCUCUCGGACGAUGCCGGAGAGUGGGUUUAGACCUCCGCACCCAGCGCCGAUGGCAACGCUGGCGCCGAGUCUGACCCCCGCCGCCCAGCCCACCAUCUCGCUGCUGUCAGACACCAACGCCGACUCGCUCAGCGUCGACUCGCUCACCCUGCUGCCCCCGGCGGACCCACCCUGCCUACGUCAGUUCACUGACCCCGACACACAUGCCACGCCCGACUCACAGGACACAAAGGACACUGUAGACCACCCAGAAGAACCCGAGUCGUGUUCCAGUUCAGAUUCUCGAAACCAAGACGAUCUCUCAGAUUCUGAACCAGCAAAAGUUUCUGAACAUCACGCAAGAAAGAAAGCAGAGACUGAAAUUCCUGCUCCAGAUGCUGAGGAGAACCUGGAGCAGGAGACAGAGAUAGACUGAGACACUUCUUAGUCCUUUUGUUUUCUUUUUUUCUUUUUCUUUUCGGGUUGUCGAGAAACCAGCUGAAACCCGAGCGUCAGAUUGGUUUGCGUUCUGGUUUCUGUUUGUUCAUCACAGCGGUGGCUUUCAUCCUGUUUCACCGCACCUCCUCCUUGUUUAAGAACAUUCUUGAAUUUGUUUUUUCUCUGACAACAGAAGGGUUUAUUGAUCAUGCCUUUCAAAGCACAUCUUUGUUUCCAGUCUAAGCACCAUUGUGAUUUUUGUCCUUUGCUACGGUGCUGUGUGCAUGACGAGUUAUGACUGCAUGAGCGAUCGAGUGGGAUUAUUUGUGUGCGUGUCUGUGAAUGAGUGUGAGAAAGGAGGAGGAGAAGGAUGAAGAGAGAAUGGGGUUGUUUUUAUAAAUAUGUGGGUGAGGGAAUGCCCGCUCGGUUUUACUGGUCUUAACACUGAGGAAUGUACCACGUGCUGUAGGGUCUGUCCAGCGGUGCUCUCUCCUGGAUGGCUUUCUCACUUGGACUGAAUACACAAAUUUGCACUUCAAAGAGCAGCAGAUAUUUAAUUACAUUUUUUGUUUUUGUUUUUUUUGUUUGUGAACACAAACAGCACAUGGUCAGAAAAACCCCAGUAAGCAAAUUUCCUCACCUUUUAACGGUGCACACAACUGCAACAAACCCUACAUCAUCACACACUCGAGUCUCAGCUUUUCUUGUUUUUUACUUUAAACUAGUCGAAUGAGUUUCAGGUGUUACAGAGCUACUAAAUGAAAAAUUGCAUGGACACACACAGGACACGCCCAGUCCCAGGACUAAACAUUUCAUUCGCUGAAGGUUUGAAAAAUAGAUUUGUUUCAAAGUGGAUCUGGAUUUUUUUUUUUUUUUAUCAAAGAAUCCACAGGUUUGAUUUGAAAUUUGAUAAAAAAAAAACGUGCAGAUUUUAUAAACAGGAGUCAUUUAUUAUUAUUAUUUUCCAUCUUAUUCUGAUUCUCAUUAGUUAGAGGUUCAGAUGGUCCCAAAAUGGUUCCCUUCUUGGAAGCUUUAAACCCCACACCGAGGUCACCAAGUACCCAGAGUACCCAAGUUAAAUGUUUAAUCCCUGACAGGUUCUUGGUAUUAAGAAAAAUUUGGAGUUUGAGCCAAAUAUUUGUACACACACACACACACACACACACACACACACACACACACACACACACACACACACACACACAGGCUUACAUGGGCUGUGCAAAGGGUUUUUAAGGCUUCUAAAGAAAAUAAAAGUCUGGAACAAAACAUGAACAUGAAUUUAAAAUGUCAUUUGAUUAUAAGAAAAAAUCCCUAACGUUUUUUUUUGUUUGUUUUUUCAGUUUUAAUGAUCAGUUGGUAAACAUUUGCUUCUUUGAUUUAUGAAUAUUAAUUAACUAAUCGACUCAACAGACGUGAUUGGCUGAUCCCCACACCAAUGUUUUAAUGACUGUUAAUUACGGUUUAUUAUUUACCAGUGUGUUUUGUUUUUUCGUUAUAAUUGAAGUGAUAAUAAACGUGACUCAUGUUUUAUAAAAAUG